AUGCGCGGGAGCGACACCGAGACUGUCGACCUGAAGACACCUGGCCAGGACGCGGACGCGCUGUUAGGAGACGACGACUUGGACAUGGAUGACGAUGUUUUCGUGGAAGCCGCCCAGUCGGCACUGGACAAGGGGAAGUCGGCGUUUGCUGCCGGCGACUACAAGUCCGCUGAUGCAUUACUGAGCGAAGCUCUCACCAUGUUGAAGGAGCUCACCGGGAAACAGCAAGCUCCUGCAGAUAUCUGGGAGCAGAGACGAAUCCUUGGCAUAUGUGCUUUCCACGUACGUACGCCGGCUGAGGCCGAGGACGCUCUCCUGAGUGUGCUACAGCACGCUCCACGGAAUGCGAUUCUUGGCGAAGCAGAGCGGCUACAAGUCAGCGAGAUAGCUCAUCUCUUGGCCCAAGUCUACGUGAAGCUUGGCAAGCUUGACAAGGCCUACCAAUACUGCGAAUAUGCUCUCCGAGGAAGACGGAAGAUUCUGGGCAAGAAUCAUAGCGAGAGCUACGAGUCCUUGGCAUUGACUGCGCGAAUACUGGAGCUUCAAGGCAAUGAGAUCCGCGCUGAGUUCUUUGUGGAUAUGAUCCCUCAAGAUGAAAGAGACACCUAUGUCAAGAAAUAUGCCGAGCUUGCUUUACCCCAAGAAGUAACAUCAACUGAGGAUGACAGACCGUCCUUGGAGAAUCGUCCGAUGAAGACAACGCCUCCAGCCAGCUUACGAAAAGUGAUCAUCGCUGGAGAGUCACCUCCUCCAAAGAUCCCGGAGCGCUCACCCUGUCGUGGCCUACCAGGAAUUGCGCCGCGCCCGAGGAGUGCAACAUCGCCGGGUGGCAGCCAUCUGCGGACCAUGAGCUCGUUGAGCGGGCAGCUCUCCAGCGAGCCAGGUGAUGUUACCUCGAGACCACUAGUCAGUCUUCUCCCGAGCCCAGAGAUUGGCAAGACUGCUACAGCGGCCGAAACUGCAGUUCCACCGGACGCCGUUCGCUCGGUCAACCAAGAUCUUCCGCCAAUCCAACAGAAGCCGAUCCCUGAGAGACCGGCACCCACCCAUACAAACAGUGAACAGUCUGCAGUCUCAGACAUUACGACCAUGUACGAGCCGAAGGCUCUUCAGAGCCAGAUUUCAGGCUCGCCAGAGUCUCGCGGACUUAUACCGAAACCUCUCCGGACGCAAACAACACAUGUGUACGAACUUCCCGGCGAUACGCAUUUUGGCAAUCUUUCCCAAUCGACCUUGGCCGCACUGCCGACCACAGAUCCAAAUCAGAGCAUUCUGGACAGAUGGGCGUCUGCUCCUGUUGUUGCGCCACAAGCACGCCCAAGCGACGAUCCACCUCAAUACGUGCCACGCGAGCCGUCUGUGGACCAAGUGCGCCCAUGGGAUCUUCAAAGCACCACCAGCAGCAACUACUGCGACAGUGUCUCGACCUGGGACACUCGAUCCACGGAAGACUUCAAGUGGUCCAUCGCACCCGAUGCGGCGCCCGAGUUCCGCAACGCCAAGUUGCCCGAACGCAGACGCAAGAUUUCCCUCCUGAGCAAACUCCGCAAGAACAAUUCCACCAGCGACUUACAAAGGAGCGAACCGCUUCGCUUUCGCGGCGCCCGUCUCUCCGGGAAGGAUAUCGAUUCGGUCAGGAACGAUCGGCUCACGGACAACGUCAUCGAAUUCUGGCAGGAAUAUCUGGAAGCCGAACUGCUCCACCAGAGUCCCAAGUUCCUCCUCAUGCGCCCUCUCUGUGCAUCCCUCCUGCUCCGCGAAGCAGAAGACGGCGCAUCUCUCAAAGCAACCCUCCCGGACCUCACCGGUAGCACCCUACACGUCAUGAUCCCACUCAAAUCCCCCACGAGCGCACACUACUCCCUCCUCCUCGUCUCCGCCCAGGACGGCGUGGCGUGCCAUUACGAUCCCGCGCGCGCUCGCAACCGCAAGCUCGCCGAGACGGUCGUCAAGCAAAUCUCGGCACAUCUGGAUCAGAGACUACAGUUCCUGCAUGUCCCCGGCACGCCGGAGCAAUUGCGCGAUCAGGACUGCGGCGUGUAUGUGUGUGUUUUCAUGCAGCAUCUGAUUGCGAAGAUCAACGCCACGCACGUCUCGGAGAAGGUGGAUGCGAGUCUGGCGUUCCAUGUGGAUGCCAAGAGUGGGCGGAAGAGGAUUCUGAAGGCGAUUGAGGCGACGAGGAGGAGUCAGGCGUUGAUUGAGGAGGAAUGA